UUGUCUCACCAUUGGUAAACUUCCUUGACGAGAUCACCUUCAAGCUAAUCACCUCUUUGGGAGUUCCCCGCUCACUGACACCAUUUGCACACCCUGACACCCUACACCCCGUCAACACCUCCCUGACACCGCCUCAAUAAAAACCCCGCCCACAGACUCUGAGAAAACAAACCAUUCAUUACCGCCUCCGCCAUCGGUUGCUAAGGUAAACACGAUUCCGUUACCAUGGGCAACGGAUCGAGUUUCGAGCAAGCCAAGACGGUGUUUCUGGAGAUCAACGGAAAAGAAGAAAAGAUAAUCUUCAGCCGACAUAGCAGCUCACGUGACAUUCACGAGUUGAUAGCGCAGGCCGCAGGCGUCAACAAACAUUCCGUCAUCUCUCUGCGAGACAAAAAUGGCGCCCAUGUUUCUGUCUCACCCACAAUGCCUUCUAACUCAGCCUCAAACCCAUAUAAGGUAGUGACACGUGACCCGCCUGCGACCUCUGCUGACAACGAUGCCUUUCAAGCGGUUCUCACACAUGUGGCGGAGCAGCUCAACAGAGUAUUCAAAAUGGAGGAAACAAAGAGCCAUCUGAACCAUCGAAUCAACAUGUUGGAGAAAAGGAUAGAAAUCGAGGGCCUUAAGGCUGUAGAGAUCGAGAAAUGCAAGUCAGAGAUCUCUUAUAUUCGAGACCAGCUAUGGAACGCACAAAAGAAGUAUGUUGAUUUCAAUAGAUUAAGCCAUGAGGGGGACGAGCCUAUACUGACCAGUGGCUCUUGCGAUCAUUUUUUUAGUUCCCUAAGCGACGAAAGGAAGAUAAGUCUGAAACGAGACAUUCCCUCCUAUCCUAAGUACACAUUAUCACAAGAGACGGUCGACUAUCUUAAACAGCCGACCUUUGAUAUCUGGCAUUGGGAGCCUAAUGAGAUGCUGAGUCUCCUAGAACACAUGUACCACGAACUGGGGCUAGUCGAGGAGUUCAACAUUAACCCUAUAGUGCUCAAACGUUGGUUGCUGUGUGUCCAGGAGAACUACCGCAACAACCCCUUCCACAACUUCCGCCACUGUUUCUGUGUCUCCCAAAUGAUGUACGGGAUGAUACACCUCUGUAAGCUGUGGGAGCAGAUGAGCACUGAAGACCUGGGGAUUCUGCUCACUGCUGCCGUCUGUCAUGAUCUAGACCAUCCUGGGUAUAACAAUACGUACCAGAUCAACGCCCGGACAGAGCUAGCUAUCCGCUACAAUGACAUCUCCCCACUAGAGAACCAUCACUGUGCCGUGGCCUUCCAGAUCCUCUCCAACCCUGACACCAACAUCUUCGCCAACGUCGACAAGGACACGUUCAAAAGGGUCAGAGCAGGCAUAACCAUGCUGAUACUGGCCACAGACAUGGCCAGGCACGCAGAAAUAAUGGAAAGUUUUAAAGACAAACUGGCAGCUGGUUUUGAUAACAAGAACAAGGACCACCUAGAUACGUUGAAAAUGGUCCUAAUUAAGUGCUGUGAUAUUUCAAAUGAAGUUCGCCCUAUGGAAGUCUCAGAACCUUGGGUUGAUUGCUUGUUGGAGGAGUACUUUAAUCAGAGUGACAGAGAAAAGAUUGAGGGCCUGCCUGUGGCACCGUUCAUGGACAGAGACAAAGUGACCAAACCAACAGCCCAGAUUGGCUUCAUUAAAUUUGUUUUAAUUCCAAUGUUUGAAACUGUUGCAAAAGUGUUUACACAGAUUGAUGAAGUGAUGGUGCAGCCCUUAAAAAAUGCAAAAGACAGAUACGAAGAGAUGAAGUCUAUUGAAGAGGCCCAGAAGGAGGCGAAGAAAGCUUUAAGCCUGGCCCACUAAAGCGCAGCAACAGCCGUACAAUCGUGCGAGGCAAGCCAGCGAAGCAAAAGCAAUGCGAGGCCAGGAUAGAACACCAUUUUUUAAAAAAUGAAUGUGGCUGAUGUCUCAAUCACCGUCCUUCUCCCUCUUGCAGAAAUCCACACCGACCUGAACAACAAGUCCGCCCACCAACCUACCGCCCGCUUAGGUUGUCUGCUUGACAGCAGCUGAGCAAGAAAAUGUCCUGUGAUCCAACCACUGCAGAGAAACCAUGGCUCACACCAUAGCAUGUUACUCAUUCCCAUUCCAUUCAUGAUAUUAUCUGUGUGUACAAAUCUUCAAUUUCAUUUUCUUUCUCUUUAGUACAUUUUUUCUUUUAAUUUUUAUACUCAUGAUUUUUCUAUUUAUAGGUAAAGAAACUCUCAAGAACUUUCUUUAAAUAAACUUAACUCUUUAACACCAAAAAUUAAACCUACUAUUAAUAAUUACUACUAACUUUUUUUAUUUUUUUCCUGAGCUCUAACAAUAUAUUAACUAUAACUAAAGUAUAAUCAGUUUUUUUAAGUCUUAUCAGUGGUUCUCAAUCUGUUCUCCUGGAUUUUUUCUGUUGGGUCCCUCUUUUCUCACACAUUUAUUUUGAUGGUUUUCAGUUAACUAUUUCCUCCCCCCCAUCCCUUGUCACAGAAUGCGUGUUCACCUACUUUGACAACAAUUUUCAAAUUAGUGUUUAAAAAAAUUUUAAAAAAAUAAAAAAAGCUGCAAACAUUCAAUUUGAAAAAGAAUAAUAACAUUUUCUAAAGUGUGGUGUCACAGUUUUUUUAACCUCUCCCUUUUUUCAUUCUAGAAAUAGCAUCUUUAUGGUUACCCACAUGUAAGAAUUAAAGAACUGUGUCAACUCAAUCCUAUUUUAAAUUUAAUUAAGGCACUAAUCACAAGGGAAUAAUUAUAUAGAUGUUAAAAUAGCUGACUGUGCAGACUAUUUCAGUGAAGAAUAACAAAAAUGUUUAGGUUGGCAAAUUUAAAGCCUGUUUUUACAUUUCUAUAUUGAUUAUAAAUUUUUUUAUUGGAAUUAUUUUAAAAAACUCAUUACAUACAGCAAAACGUUAGCAAAUCUGUACAUUUUGUAAUAUUUAUUGUUAUGUGGCUGUAUGAUUAGUAAGAGUGUUAAAACAAAAUCUGAUACUUGUGAAAAAAAAACUAGACAACUGCUCAUUAUCUAAGAGCAAUAACUCAUUAUUUAAUUUUGAAUUACUCAGUCAUGAAAACCUUCCUCAGGGAUGAUUUGAUGCACUCCAUAAUUAGUAAUAGAUUUUGCACCUUGAUCAUUUUUAUUUUCAUUUUCAUGAAACGGUAGAUGUUUUUUCUUGAUCAAACUUUAUAAAAUGAACUAGUUUACAAUUCUGAAGUCAGGAAAAACGUUUUUUUUUUAAAUUCUAAUUUGUGAGAUAAACCCAGUUUAUGGUUUAAAUUUAAAGCCAGAAUGGUUAGUUAGAAAAUUUCCAAUUGGAUAAUUAAGUAUAUUUAUCAUGGGUCCACUGGCUAAAUCUAUUUUGAAAUGGACAUAUAGAAUAAGAACAUAUCAUCCCCUAGUCCAGGGGUCGGCAACCUUUUGAAGCGGAAAAGCCAAAAGUUACAAUUUUCAAAAUUUCCCUGGUUUUAAAGAGCCACUAACAUUUUUUUAUUUCAAAUAUUUUAUUUUUUUAUUAAGAUUAUUAGUGUUUGUGCAAGGAGCUGGAGAGCCGCAUCUUGAUAUCAAAAGAGCCGCAUGCGGCUCGCGAGCCGCAGGUUGCCGACCCCUGCCCUAGUCUAUUCUAAUAAUUAUUUAUAGUCUGAAUCUUAAAUUUUUACCUAUUUUUGUUCUGAAGGCUAUCUUUUAACAGAAAACAAAAUCCUAGAAUAAAAAACAAUAAUGAUUACAACAACAAAAAAACUGCAGAAUCAAAGUGACUUAGUAGGUUUGGCAAGUAUAGAUGUGUAUCUUCUAUGUUGUGUUUAUAUGGUACAGCAUGUCUGAUCUGUCGGAACAUUUACAUCAUGAAAUUUUUUUGAUGCAAAAGAUAUUAUAAAAACUGACUGUUUAUAUAGUGUGAAUACUUGAUUGCUGAAAUAAAAUAUUUUGUAACUCAAUGAAGUGAUGUGCUAGACAACAAGGGAAUGUUUGUUAAACUUGUCAAUCUCUAUUGACAGUUUGCCUAGUCAUGUUUUGAUAUCACUAAGAUGUAGUGUAAGUGUCACAGAUACUCCAGUUAAAGCUACUAUUUUAAAGUGAUAAUUUCAGAAGAGGAUAAGUAAUGAAAUAAAGCAGGAGUGAUCUCCCCUAAACUUUCUCAAAUAUUCUAAUAUAACACUACAGGGAAUGCAACUCGUGAAUGCACCAAGUGAACAGCAAACUGUGUGUAAUAGUGCGGAAUAUUAGUACUUCAAAAUUCAUAUGCAUUUUUUUAAGAAAUCAGAAAUAGUGUUAAGUAUUAGAUCCAGUCAACAACAAUAACAAAAAAUUAGAUCUUCUAUGCUAUUAUUUUCUCCUUUUUAGUGCAUUAUUAGAUAAAAGCCUGUUAUAAAAACGUUUUUUAUGCAUUUUUCUUCAGUACUUUAAAAAUUUUAAUACAAUAGUUGUAUGACAAAAAACAAUUGCACACUACAUGAACACAAAAAAUGUGCGUAGAAUUGUGCAGUAAAUAGUACUUUAUAAAGAGGAAAUUUUGACUAGUUUUUUUAAAAUUAAUUAAGCAUUCAAUUGAUUCAUACUGACGUCAUGUAGUAUGGUCAUCAGGUGCCAAGUUUCAGAGAAAUUGUUGGUUAGAAGUGGUUGAAAUUUUGCUAGCCAAUUUUAAUCCAUGAAGACAAAAUCAUGACAGACAGAGGAAGCAAGUUACAUAAAAGCUUGCAUUCAACACCCAACUAUAACCUUAAAGAAUGAGCGUGUGACAGGAUUAAAUGUGAUAUAUCUCUCAGCCGUCCAUACUGUAUAUUGCCCCAAUCUAAAUGAUUUCCUAUCACUUAAAGCCACUGAAUUAAGACAAUAAUUUUGAUUUUAAACUUUAAAGGAUCAGUUAUACAAAUUCAAAAUGAGUAAAAAAUAUUAUUCCAUUAAAAUGUAUGAAUAACAUUUGCUAAUUUUUUUAGUUUGAAGUUUGUUUAUCAUUAAUUAAUUUCAGAGUAAAAUACACAGCUAUGUACCCAAAAAAUAAAAUACUUGGCCUGUGAUUUUAUUAUGAGAUUUGAGGAUCAAUUACAUUUUUAAAGAAUUCUAUUUAAUUUAUAAAGCAUGGGAAAAAGUAAAACUGGUAGAAAACAUUUUUUGGUUGUCAAAAUGUGCAUAAUUUAUAUUGAUAAUCAUUUUUCUUUUACAUACACAGGAUGUGUAUCUUUUUUGUCUUUGAAAAAAAAAAGUGUAAAUUAAAAAAACAAUGAAGCUUU